GCUGCUCUGGGAAGGAAAGGAGCUGCCCAGGUUCACUCUGCGUUUGAGUUCCCAGGAGCUGGCAUUCCGGCAAGCUGCUGCUUUGCAGCUGGGGGAGACAGAGACGCUCCCAGCCCUCCUCUGAUUAGGAUAUGUCAGGGUUGUCAGGGCAACUGUUAACGGUGGCGUAUCAUAUUUUCCCCUCUUGUGUUGCGUGCUGAAUAUUUUAGUGUGCUGUAGCUGGAAGAAGAUUGGAAAAGGGUGCUGCAGCAGGAAAGAGGAUCUGAUUGAACAGGUUAGGCAGUGGAGAGAGGCAUCGGACCGAUGCACUGUGCCUUUAAUCAGGGCUUUCCUUGAGAGUGCAGGGAUGGGUGAAUGCGGAGAGUGAGUGGGAGUGGGAAGGGGCUCGUGAGGGAGGUGGGGUGGGGGGAACCGCAGGCCCUCCGCUGCCGAGCCCAUGGUAGUGUUUGUCAGCUGUUUGCACACUGUUUGCCCGUAGGGGAUCUAUUACAAGUGCUCAAAUGAUCUGGCCGCUUAGGAGCUAGCAGCUUCACCCUGGCUGCAAUUACAUAAACAUAUAUUUUUAAUAACAAACAAACAAACAAAACCCCCAAGUGGCAGCGACAUGCCUGGAUCAGCUACUGCUAUCCGACAAGAGAGGUUGAAGAAGACCGGUUCAAGGCCAAAUCCCCCUGGUUUAUUCACCAUUAAUGAGGAAGAGGAACAGCAAAAGAAUGGAAAUUCCAGAAGACUGAAAGCAUCUGAAAACUCCCAAGUGCAAGAUAAGAAGGCUCCUGCACCUGGCCGCCCCACCUCUGCUGCUUUAGGACAAAAUCGCAACGUACCAGGAAACAAACCAGACCCUCCACCUGUACUAAGAGUUGAUGACCGACAACGGCUGGCCAGGGAACGGAGAGAGGAACGAGAAAAGCAGCUAGCUGCAAGAGAAACCGUGUGGUUAGAACGAGAAGAGAGAGCUCGGCAACAUUAUGAAAAGCACUUAGAAGAGCGGAAGAAGAAAUUAGAAGAGCAGAGGUUAAAAGAGGAGCGGCGACGGGCUGCUGUGGAGGAGAAGCGAAGGCAGAGACUGGAAGAAGAUAAGGAACGUCAUGAGGCUGUUGUCCGGCGCACGAUUGAGAGGAGCCAGAAGCCAAAACAGAAACAGAACAGGUGGUCCUGGGGGGGAUCCCUCCACGGCAGUACCAGCACCAGCAUUCACAGUACAGAUCCAGACAGGCGGUCAGUUUCAACAAUGAAUCUUUCGAAACAUGUUGAUCCAGUCAUUAGCAAGCGGCUCUCCUCUUCAUCUGCAACAUUACUAAAUUCUCCAGAUAGAGCUCGCCGCCUGCAGCUCAGCCCCUGGGAGAGCAGCAUUGUAAACAGACUCCUGACGCCCACACAUUCGUUCCUGGCUCGAAGUAAAAGCACGGCUGCCUUGUCUGGAGAUGCAGCAUCUUGCAGCCCCAUCAGCAUUAUGUCCUACAAAGCUGCACACUGUAGAAAUCAAGCUGACCGGCCCAAACUCUUUGUAACACCACCUGAAGGUACUGGACGGAGGAGGCCUCUGCACAACACAAUGGGGCAUAAAAAAGAAAAGGAGAGGGAAAACAUGCCUUUCCACCUCACAUCUGGCAUCCGAAGAGCUCUGUCUCCAUCAAACCCCAAAACUAGAUCACCAGCUCCCUCCUCAGUUUGGCACCCAUCCAAGUCCUUGUCUCAUUUGCCUGGCACACCCAGACCAGCAUCCUCCUUGUCACUUGGCCCAUCCAAAGCUGCUUCUGCUCAGGCGUGGCCACCAUCUCCUGGCAACAUCCGGCCUAUCAAGAAAGAAGUCAGGCUCGAGACAGAGAAAAAAGACCCAGAGAAGGAACCUGAGAAAGCAAUUGAAGCAUCGUCACCGGAGGGUGACGUACCUUCACUGAAUGCUGAAGAACCUACAAAUGAGGAAGGCCCACCUGCUCAGCCAGAGGCUGCUCCAGCUGCUCCAGCAUCAGGGCCAUCCCUGCCAUCCACCGUACCCUCAUCUGGUUUGGGUAAGACUUCUGCAGGGACCACCGACCCAGAAGAGGCCACGAGACUGCUGGCCGAGAAAAGGCGGCUCGCUCGGGAACAGAGAGAAAAGGAAGAACGGGAGAAGAAGGAGAGGGAGGAGCUUGAAAGGAGGAAGAAGGAGGAAUUAGCUCAGAGAGUAGCUGAAGAAAGAGCUCGUCGAGAGGAGGAAGCCCGAAGGCUAGAGGCGGAGAGGGAGCAAGAACAGGCCCGGGAGAGGGUGGAACAGCUGCGGCGGCAAGCGGAAGAGCGAGAGCGACGAGAGAAAGAAGAAAUGGAGCGGGUCCAGAGACAGAGAGAAGAAGAAGCCCGCCUACGAGAGGAAGCCGAGAGGGUUCGACAAGAACGAGAAAUGCAUUUCCAAAGAGAAGAGCAGGCCCGCUUAGAAAGGAAGAAGCGACUUGAAGAAAUUAUGAAAAGAACCAGGAGAACAGAAGCUACAGAUAAGAAAGCUAAUGACCAGAGAAAUGGAGACAUAGCCAAGGGAGAUACUACAGGUGAAACAGGGUUAUCACCACUUCCAUGUGUGACAGACUCUUCACAGAAUGGGGAACCAGUGACUAGCCCACAUCAGAUAACAAUGACCAUGGACAGUACCCUCGAAACUGAAAAUCAACCAAAUGAAAAUGGAGUAUCUCUUCAGAAUGACACCUUUGAAGAAAUUAUAAACUUACCCAUUGGAUCUAAACCAUCCAGACUGGAUAUCACAGACAGUGAUGGAAGCCCAGAAAUUCCUUUGAAUCCAAUUUUAGCCUUUGAUGAUAAGGGGACUCUUGGGCCAUUGCCUCAGGUAGAUAGUGUUCAAACACAGCAAACAGCAGGUAAGUUUGCCUAGGACCAGUUGUUGCAAUUGUCAGAGAACUUUUGAAAAUCAAUUGGCUGGUGGUACCUUAUGAAAGGUAUGGAGACUAUAUAAGCCCUGCCACUGGGUGUCACCUGAAGGGCCCUGUACACUGGAGUUCAAAGGUUUAUAACUCUGUGGAGGAGAAAGCUCUAUGUAAACUCUACUGAAAAUUGUUGUAAUGGACGACAUCCAAUAGGAUGAAUAAAUGAAUGACCUCUAAGGUCUCCACUGACCGAUUGCUCAAAGCAGGAAUCCCUGCUCUAUCUGUGCCUUCCUGUAUUUGCACAAGCCUUUUUCUUCAAUCCUGGAAAACAUUCCGUCUUCAUCUCUGUCUUUGGUAAUCCUUCUCUUCCUUUAAAUUUUAGUUAGUUUAAAUUAAAGCUAGUUUUAGCUUUAAAUUUUACUUCACGAAACCCUCUUGGAUUCAUUCUAGUUGUAAGCAUUUCCUCCCUCCUCUAAUUUUCAAAGCACUUUGCGCCAUCUCUCCCUUGCUCCUUUUACUCCCUACCUUGCUUUAGACCCAACUAUUGUGCACCCCCAAAAGAAUGUAAGCUUCUUGAAGGCAAGGAUUCUUUUGUUUGUCUUUGUAUCUCCAGCACCUGGCACACAAAGGGCUUAAUAAAUGUUUGUUAAAUUAUAUUCAAUUAUUCAGUCUGUGAUUAAACUGAACAUUUAUGAUGAGAAACUCACUAUUUGAAAGCUCAUUUGUGGGCAUACUUUUUCUUCCUUGUAUACUGACCUGAAAUCUGCCUCCUUGUUACUUCUACCUAUAGCCUGGAGAAUAGAAAACACAGUGGGUUAUGAUAACUGGCCUCAGGAAUUUGAAGGACUGUCACGUGGAGGAGGGAUUUUAGUUCUAUGAACAAUGGCUGGAAAUUGCAAGGGGGAAAAAUUUAGUUUUAAUAUCAAGAAAAACUGUCCAAAAGUAAGAGUGGUCUAGAAGUGGAACAGACUACCUUGAGAAGUGAAGGGUUGUUCCUCCUCAGAAGGUUGCAUGUAGAAGCUAGACAACCACUGAUCAACUAUGUUACAGUGGGAAGUCCUUUCACGGAUGGGAGGACUAGAUAGCUGCUGAGAUCCAACUCUCAAAUUUUGUUUCUAGUAUUAUUUUCUAGAGCCACAGCAGACAUCCACUCACUCUUCAACAUGGCAGCUGUCCAGAGAGUUAGACACAGCCGUUGUGGACCACCUAAGCCUUCUUCCCGCUCACCAAAGUAUCCCCCAUAAAUGUAUCAUUUUCUCUUUAUUUUCAAAGGUCAAAGAUCAUAAAGAAAUGCUUAUCCUGUUGAUCUGUUUGAUGUGGCCUGUGAAAUGAUGCCAUAUUGCAAGUUAAAGCAAAGACCACAACUUGUCAUCAUGGCAAUUGAUACAGAUCGUUUGAAUUUAAGAAUCUGUGAAUCCUAGUCCCAGAUUUUAAGUUAUUUGAACAGGCUUUUUAAGGCAGAUAUAGCUAACUUGCCACACUGAACAGCUAUGAAAUUUGCCCUUUGAUUAGGGGUUAUAGAUGCUAUUCAAAGUGCCUGCCCUUAUUUGUGCCACAAUCUCCAAGGCUCAUGGAUGGCCAGAAGCCUUUGCUCAAAAGGAGCAGCUGUUAGAGGAGUCAUUGUUACAUCAUUUGAAGCAUCAUCUUGGCCCAGCCCCAGGUAGUUACUGCCAGCACCAAGUAUUGCCAUCACAGCAGGUGGCAGACCAUUGUAUGACUGCGAUGGAUUCAUAUAGUCAGUCCCAUCACUGUGACGUUAAGAAUAUAGAGGCAAUAUGGUAUAGUGGGUAGAGGGCUAGCCCCAGAGCCGGGUUCGAGGCUUUCUUCUGAUACCUGCUGGCUACGUGGUCCUGCUCUUCAGACAACUAAAAGUCUAAAUUUCUGGAUUGGUUGGGGAAGUUUCCUCAUAUGGACUUCCCUAAACCAAUGAAAUCAUAGAUCUGGUUUAAAAACACACACACACACACACACACACACACACGACAAAUGAAGUAAUUGCUGUGCUCCUUUCCUUUCACACUUUCAUUGGUUUCUUUUUAGCAUUCUGCUAAGGCAAGUUGCUUUGUACUAUCUCACAUGUGAGCCUUAACCCAUUGUGAAGAAAGCCGAUAUAACAAGGAUGUUUAACCUGCUGAAAUAAAUACUUAUUAGUGGUCCCCAAGUUAUAGGUUUGAGGUAGACUAGAGACUGAGGUCUUUCAAAAGCAAGCUAUAUAAAUCAGUUCAACAGACAUAUAUUAUCCUGAUCCUGUGCAGAGCCUAGAGUUUUUCCCAGGUUUAUGUAAGACCCAGAACCUCUCCCCUUGGACUCUACACUGUCACACAAAUCUAGAACACACCUAUAAAACCAAAUGAUACAUAAGUACAUAAAGAAAGUAGAGACAAAAUUCCCCGUCACAGAAAGAAAAGGGAAAAUGGGCUAGAAUGGUCAGGCCAGGAACAAUUUCAUGGACAGGAAUUUCAGAAUGUGUGUCUGUCUGUCUGGAGAGGGUGUGGAGAAUGAACAAAACCAAAAGAAGCACAAAAGUACCAUGUAUGGGGUAUGGAGUAUAUCCAAGUUUGACUGGAGAAGAGAGUCUAUCAAGUGGAGCAGUCUUGAAACAAACAUGGAAAAAUACAGUAACAUCAGAUUGCAGAAGGCUCUGAAUGCCAGACUAAAAAAAAUGACCUUAGUAGGCAGUGUUUUAAGCCAAAGAACAUGACCAGAUCUAUAAAAGUCUGUGGGCUGUAUGUGAAGAAUGAAGGAGGAAAAAAAAAAGGAGGAUUAGGAAAAUAUUGCAGCCCUUUAGACAGGUGGUAAUGAGGACCUAUAUAUCAAGAUGGUGAAAAUGGAAAGAAAAGAAAUGGACAGAUAUAAGAGAUACUGCAAAGAUGGGAUUGAUGAAUAAUUGGAUAUGGGAGGAGAGAGAUGGAAAUAUUCAAGUCAGAAUAAAAAGCAGGUUUUUCAUUUUGUGUUCUGAAAAAGAUAAGCUCAGCUCUGGAUGAGUGGAAUCUGAAGUGUCUGUAAAAAAAUCCAAGUAGAUAGAAAUGUCCUGAGGGCAAUUGGAGAUGCAGGGUUGUAGCUCAGGAAAGAGAUCAGGGUGAGUGACAGAUUUGGGAGUGAACUGCACAGAGACCUGAAGCUGAGAGAGUGAAUGAAUUUAACAGGAAAGAUAGAAUAGAGAGAAAAAUGACAGGAUCUUUGGGUUAGGAUGAGGAGUCAGAAGAGAGAGAAAAGGGAAGAUUAGGCAGGCAAGAAAAAUGAGUAUAUGGUGUUUUUGAAACCAACCAAAGAGACUGUCCAGUACAUGGGGAUGAUGGACAGUGUCAAAUGAUAUUGAGUGAUCAAGGAGGAUGAAAACUGGAAAGGCCAUUGAAUGUGGCAUGUAGGAUCCUGGUCAACACAUCUCUUCCUUCUACUUUGUUGGCUAUUAAACCAUUUGGAGGAAUUUUAUUUCUCCCUAUGUGAUAGAAAACGUCCCUAUAUAAUUUCCUAAUUUCUUCUUGUAUGGAAUCAAAGAGAAGGAAGGAAUUCCAGUUUUUCUAUUUUUCUGGAUUUGCAUCUGAUAGUUCUCUCUUUCAAAUGUUUUCUGAGCACCUAAUGCCUGUCCCUUGUUAGCACUAGGCCCCCUUUGUGGCACUUUCUAAUUUGUAUUUCUGCCACAAGUGGUUUUUUUUUUAAUUUUAUACACAUAUGUACACACAAUGAAAUGACGUGGUAUUACAAAUUAAAGAACCCUUGUCUUCCUGGUGGUUGUUGCAGAUCAUUUGAAUUUAAGAAUGUAUGAACCCAGCUGGUAGAUUUUAUAUUCUUUGCAGGUUUUUCAUGUAAUUGUCAUAACAUAUUUCUUUUUCCU